AUGGUGAAGGCUUCAGAUUUUCCUUCUUUGUUAUUUAAUAAAAUAGGGUACUCUGGGGAUUUAAUUCACAAUGAUCGGGUGGACAAGGUUCUGAAUCUUUGGCUUAUGUGGAGACAAGGUUCUUCUCGUCCCUCAAUUGUUUCUUUGUCUGACCAACAAUUAUCAGUCACGGUGGAUUGGUUGGGUUGCUCAGUGGGAUUGACCUUCGUUCAUGCAAAUUGUUUUAAGGUUAAUUUCCGAGAGCUCUGGACUGACCUGGGUUUGGUGGUGAACCCAAAUAUUCCAUGGUUGGUCAUAGGGGACUUUAAUGCUACUCUUCUUUCAAAUGAAAAAAGGGGGCCAGGAAGAUUUAAUGCUAGCUCGGCGGCAGAGUUUCAAGCAAUGGUGGACACGUGUGCUUUGGUCCAAGCUCCUUCACAGGGGAAAAAGUUCACGUGGAUUAAGAAUCGUCGCAGAGGAAAUGUUGUAGCUGUUCUGGAUCGAAGUUUCUGUAAUGGGAAUUGGCUGGAGGUGUUCAAGAAUAUUAAUCAAAUUGUUUUGCAAAGAACUACCUCGGACCAUGCCCCUGUUCUGGUGGUCUCAGAUGCCAUCCCUCAAUAA